AUGUACAAGGUGUCCGGGAUGAUGAUGGCGGUUGCUGCGGCAAUCGAUGCGGCAGUGAAGGACGGUGUGGACAUCAUCUUGCUGUCACUCAGUGACAACAACCUAACCCAGUUCUUCAACAACUCGCUCGCCAUCAGGGCGCUUAGUGUAGAGCACAACGGUGUUUUCGUUGUGCUCAUGAGAGGCAACAGCGGACCCAAUGCGUCUAUGGUCCUGAACUCCGAUGGUCAUGAUGGGCACGCUGGUAUUGUCUUCAUUGACACCGACGGCUGGUCACAAGAGAACGGUGGCGACAGUCUCGUACUCGUGGAUACGUCUUCCCCGCCUAAGCUUGUCCUGAGCCUAAGCGCCGGUGAGCAGCUCAAGCACUACAUCGCGUUGAGUGCAUACCCAGUGGCUUCGUUUAGCUUCCCCUGCACCACGGUGAUUGCUGAAAACCGUGCACCCAUGGUAGCAACAUUCUCGUCAUGGGUGUCGAACCCCAUCGCCCCUCAACUUCUGAAGCCUGACCUCAUCGCGCCAGGGCAGGAUGUGCUAGCUGCAUGGAAAGGUGGCAGCUACAUGAUGGCAUCCAAGACGUCCAUGUCCUGCCCGCACGUCGCCAGCGUUGCGACGCUCAUGAGGAAGAAGCAUACUGGCUGGACUCUGGCCAUGAUGCGAUCGGCGCUGGUCACGAUAGCUGCGACUCUUGACAACACCGGGUGGAACAUCCUCGACAAUGUAGUCUUCUGA